AGGAGGGCCGUUUCAUUGCUGUGAUGUUUGUCAGUGCAAGUAUUACGACAAUGAUUGGACCUCUGUCUUGAUGUUUGCAUCGAUGUUUUCUGAACAGCAGCCUUGACAUUGCACGUCGACGCUGGUAUGUUCUGGAAUUUUUUUGGAGCAUUGACUUGGUGAGGGUGUACUUCUGCACACAGUUUUCGUGAAAGUGCAGGAUGAGAUUGCAAAGCAAUUUGCCCCCAAUUUUCCAAGCAAGUUAUUCUCGCUUCUGGAAAACUUCCUGACACAGAAUCGAAGGGUCAUAUGUGUACAUAAUUUCGAAUGAAGUCAUGUCGAGGCGUACGAUUUGAUUUCAAAGCUGUGCCAGUUGCCUCGUGUAGGCUGCUUAGAAAUGACUUUCAAAGCGUAAGCACAACUUGGAGAACAUCGACGUACAGGUUGCAUGAUUCCAAGAUGUACAGAGGAUUGAUCCCCUCUGUCAAGUGGGCAUGACUAGAGUAUCGGGAGCAUUGAUAGUUGAGACCUUCGACGGAGAUUACAGAGGCUCUGGAAGGCGGAACAACCACCUAGGGUACAAGGGCUAGAAAUUCAAAAGACUAAUGCGAAUGUAACUGAAAUUCAAUUCUAAUGGCCAAUUCAAAAGCCCAGGAUAACAUUGUACAGCUUUCGAUGCAUGACGACGUUCUGCUGCAACUCUCGUCCAUCAACUCCAACUCCAAUCCUUCAGAUCCGGCUCUGCCUAUUAAAAUUGCGAAGUUGGAAGCCCGUAUGGCCGGUAGGGCGUCGCAGCUGGUCGUACAAUCGGGCCGACAGGAAUCACUUUCAGUUUCGGCCUAUCCAACUUUUGGCCACCAAGUGUUGGUUUCGUCGUCGACGGAUUCUGAGGACGAGGAGUGUGGCGGCUUUCGCCUACAGGCAAAUCCUCGAAAGCGGAAGACAAUGAAGGAAUCGGGUGAUAAUGAUGGAGUACAGUUGGAGGAAGCUGCAGAGGGGAAGCGGUACACUGAACAAUCAUAUGAACAGCAGGACAUUGCUGAUCGAGAAAAUAGUCGAGGGAAGAAACGAGGUAGAGGCCGAGGGCAGGGGCUCAGCAAAACACGUUUACUCAAAGUCAAGGAUUCUGUCGAAGCACAGAAAGGACUUGAGGAGGAAGAAAGAGAAAGGAUGCAGGAAGAGAUUGACUCCUUGAAGAUCUCUUCUUCACUAUGUCAAGAGGAACUAGCCAAAGCUCGACAAGAAACUGAGGAGACUCAACAGACCUGUCAGCAACUCGAGAAGGAUUUGAAAAUUUUUAAAGAGCAAGAACAAAUCCGCGAGCAACAGCGAUUGAAGGUGGUGUCAGACCUCUUAAUUGCAGUUGCCAGGAGUGAAAGACAAGAGGCCAGAGUAAAAGUCAGACAAGAUGUAGCCCGACUUGGUGGUAUAGGGGUCAUGAGGGCCGGAACGGUGAUUUCAGAGGUAUGGGAAGAUGGUCAAGCACCGAAGGACAUACAAGCCCGACUUAGGUCCUUACUCGAGCAAAAGACAGCUAUUGAAAAGCAUAAGAAAUUGCUGAAGAGGCGCCAGAGUGAAAAACUCGAAUCAAGCGUUGGAGAGGCAGGUAUGUCCGAAGAAGAGUUUUUGGCUAUGGAGGAAGUCUACCGAACACGUCUCGUUUCUAUCAGAAGGGAGGAAGAAGUGACAGUGAGGGACAAGGAUAGAUACGAGCACGAGAAAGCAUGCCACAUUCGUGAAAUGAAGCGUAUAAGAGAUGAAGAUGGAUCGCGCUUCAAUCACUUCCCGAUAUUGAAUAAUCGUUACGCGCUGCUUAAUCUACUUGGAAAGGGUGGAUUCAGUGAGGUCUACAAGGCUUAUGAUCUGGUUGACUACAAGUACGUUGCGUGCAAAUUGCAUGGCCUUAACGCUCAGUGGGGGGAAGAAAAGAAGAGGAGCUACGUCCGCCAUGCAGUUCGAGAGUACAACAUCCACAAGGGCCUUAUUCAUAGUCAUAUCGUUCGACUUUGGGACAUUUUCGAAAUUGACGCCAAUACUUUUUGUACAGUCCUUGAAUACUGUAGUGGUAAAGAUCUUGACGCAACCCUUAAGGCAACUCCAAGUCUACCAGAAAGAGACGCGCGUAGCAUUUUGGUCCAAAUUUUUUCGGGUCUCGUUUAUCUUAAUAGACGACCGCAGAGAAUUAUACAUUAUGAUCUUAAGCCAGGCAAUGUCCUGUUCGAUGAGGUGGGAGUCGCGAAGAUGACUGACUUUGGGCUCAGCAAGAUAGUGGAAGAUGAAGUUGGCUCACAAGGAAUGGAACUCACCUCGCAGGGUGCAGGCACUUAUUGGUACCUACCUCCAGAGUGUUUUGAGGUGCACAAGGUCCCUUUAAUAUCUUCUAAGGUUGAUGUCUGGUCAGCCGGAGUGCUUUUCUACCAGAUGCUUUUUGGUCGACGUCCUUUCGGGCAUGAUCAAACUCAGGAAAGAAUAUUGCGGGAAGAUACCAUUGUCAAGGCUCACAAAGUGGAAUUUCCACCCAAACCAGCAGUCACUUCUGAAGCCAAGGACUUUAUCCGCCGCUGUCUUACGUACAAUCAGGCAGAAAGGCCGGAUGUGUUGACUGCUGCCCAAGAUCCUUACUUGUCAUACGUAAAGCGUAAGCCCUGAUGCAACGUUUCUGUCUUCCGUCUUGAUACAACGACUUCGGUAUGCCCUCGUGUUUUGGUAUCUCGGCCCGUAUCGAGAUUACGCUAUGAACCCUGGAUCCGAAAAGGGUUUCAAAGCGUGUGUGAUACCAGUUCCCAGAUCUAAUUGAGGCACAUAUGCUGGUGAGGCCCCUUCAGCCGGAUAUGUACUAUUCAGCCAUUUUUGUACUAUUCACUCAUUGACCUCGGUUCAAUUCUCCAGAGCAAUGAUAUAAUUCAUGUCUGCACCGAAGUGAUUAGUGCUAGUAGAUCUGUCGUCGAGACCUGAGACUGUCCCCUUGUCGACGUACUUCACGUCAGCUGUGCUGAAGUAGACGAGAGCAUAAAUGUAGACUGGCACUUCUCUUGAGUCACUUUUGUAAAUAGGUCUCUUCUCAACAAGGGAACACAGAUCGUCACGAAGAUUUGAAUUCCUCUCAGCUAUAAGAAACGCUAUAGGUCAAGGUCAAGCAGAUUUAGAUUUGAGUCAAUCAAAGUAGCGUUCGGUGAAAUUUUGUAAAUUAUCAAUCUAUUCUACAUUCACGUUGAUUUCAGAGUCUAUUUGC